GUCCUUAGCUCACAAUUAUCAGAGUGGACUCCAGGUAAGGAAGAGAUUGUUCACCAUUAUUGGAGCCGAUUCAGGGUAGCAGCAAGGUAGCAGUUUCUGAUUCCAAAGAAAUUGUUCACCUGUCAUUGACAUUCCAUCCCACGCGUUUCCAAGCAGUAUCGACUCUUCAGGUAUCUGUACUUCAGGCAGCAAUUUUCCGCACCUACGCAGGUACCUGUGAUGACAGCGUCACUGAGUCUCCAAGUUCACGUGCGCCUUCCCUAGGCCUGACCGUCGUUGGACGAAAUCCACUGAUCGCUGUCGUAGGCUUACCGCCGGUAAAACACGGCACCUAAGCAUAUAAUAUUAAUGUGCGCGAUGGCUCCAAGGAAUAUCUUCUUACUAGCCGUCGUCGUACCGUGUCUGCUGACGCUGCCAUUCGCGGCUUUCGUAGCUGCUCAGGACGAUGGCGGAAACAGCGGCGGAACUUACGGCGGAGGAACCGGAGGAGAAGGAGGAUAUGGCGGUGUAGCGUGCGAACCGUCUUCUUUGCCGGAUUACCAGUACUCCGUCAAUUUGAAAGCUGGCAGUCUCAUCCUCCACUGGAAGGUCGUCAACUCAACGACCGUCAACUUCGCCGCUCAAGCGCUUGCCGGCCCGGCUGCAGCCGGCUGGUUCGCCGUCGGGUGGUCGGAGUCGUCCGGCAAGAUGGUGCCAGGAGAGGCGGUGAUCGGCAAUCUGCCGGGCGGCAAGAUGGGCGCCUACUCCCUGGGAUACUACGCACUGGAUGCGGUCGUUCCCACCACGAAUUUCAGCAUUGGGCGCGCUGGGAGCGACGCGCUGCUGACCAAGAAUUCGGACAAGUCGUUCAUUAUGAGGUUUUCGCGGUCGAUCAAUGACGGCAGUGUGAAGGUGCUCCUGAGGGGAGUCAACUACAUGAUCUGUGCCUUCUCCGAUGGCUCUCAGACUCUCACACCGCACCCCCGAACCAACCUGGCAUUCCUCUCUGUGGACUACAGCUGCCCCUCUUCCACCGGCAGCAGCGCCGGGUCAUCGUCUCAAUUCAAUGGCUCUCCCAGCCAGCCGUCCUCCCUGCCGGGCUACACGUGGUCCGUGCAGCUCAGCAAGAAUGCCUACGUCCUGCACUGGGCAGUCAACAGGGAUAACACAGUGAGCAUGGCAGCGCAGGUGGCCACCUCGGGGUACAUCGGGGUGGGCUUCUCAAAGGAUGGCAAGAUGAGCAACUCGGACGCAGCCAUUGGGAACUUGCCACCUGGCACGCUGGCCAAUGGGGCGGCGGUGGGGCCGUAUUACAUGGGCGGGCAUGACUUGGAGUCGGUGCAGCCGACCGCCUUGUGGAGUGUAUCGAAUACUUCUGUUACAACUGCUGAUGGAUACACUAUAAUGAGGUUCACUCGCAGCAUGGGGAUGGGCCAAGUGCCCAUCAACGCGUUUGGCCCAAACACCAUCAUCUGGGCCUACUCGCCCGAUGGCUCCACGGCUCUCGCUGACCAUAGGAGCAACUACGGGACUGCCACCAUCGACUUUGUGAAGGGCACAGUAUCAGCGGGCCACGGCAGCAGCACAGCGGCGUACAUCGCCCACGGGGUCCUCCUCGCCCUUGCCUUCGCCCUGCUCAUGCCCCUCGCCAUCCUCCUCGCCCGCCUCCUCCUCGCUGACCGCCCCCACGGGGCCCUCCUCAACCCUAACAGCACGGCAUACAUCCCCACCGAUGCCAAUGCGUACACCAAUGGGAACGGGAACGGAAAUGCCUCACCAGCGCAGCAGCAGCAGCAGCCGGCAAAGAAUCUCCGGCCGCUGGGGUUUCAGCUGCACCGUGGGAUUCAGCUGUUGGCUCUAGUGGUUGCAGUCGUGGGGAUGAUUGUGAUCUUCGUGCAGGUGGGCUCCAAGGGGCUCAGCUGGAAGCAUGGGCAGGUGGGGCUGGCGGCGGUGAUUCUCGCGCUGCUGCAGGGCGUGGUGGGGUUCAUACGGCCGGACAAGUCCGCGCCAAGCCGCUUCAAGUGGCUCGUGGCGCACUGCGUGAUCGGAGCCACCACAAUUGCGCUCGCAUGGGCGGCUAUUUUUCUCGGCAUUGACCUGUACCACACCAAGUUUAUGGAAAACGUCACGUGGUGCUACUGGGUUUCCGGCGUGUGUGUCGGCAUUUUUGGGCUCGCGUACCUUGUCUUGGUCAUUCCAGACAGCAUCCUUUCGUUAACCACACCUAAGCAUAGUGGCAACACUGGAAAGGGCUCAGCUGGUGUAUGAAUCACGUCACGGGGCUUGUGGAGUAGGAUGUGUUGUUUGUGUACAUCUCUCUACACUCGAGAGAGCAAUGUUAAUUCUUCAUGUCUUCUUGAGAGUCAUACUAUACUUCUCCUUUUGAGUGAGGCAAUAAUAUGGUAGGCGCAAA